AUGGGUAGCUCACACUCCAAGCAGCACCGAACAGAAAUAAAAAGCGAGCCGACAAGGCGGCGAAGAGCGGGUGAUCAAAGACUGCAGGCCGAUGCUGAACGCCUUCGCCGCAAAGGCCAUGAAGCGCGAUCUGGAAAUCUGUACUACAGCCGUCGUGCCGACAACCAGUUGCACCCCAAACCGACAAAUCGUGACCUGUUCCUGGGGACGGCAUCCGAACAAUACAACAAUUCACCGAAGGAGGCGCAGAGAUACCGGGGCUGGGAGACGACCCCUUAUUACUUCACGAUCGGAGCAGCCAACGCUUACGACAGAGCGUACAAGUACCAGGACUCGACCUCUCCCAAGCGGUAUCAAUACGAGGGCAACGAAGCCGACCAUAAUCAGACCUCCAAGUCCAUGGACAAGAAGGCUUAUGAUCAAUACUACAACCAGGUUUCGACGUCUCCCAAGAGGUACACCUAUGACGAUUAUGACUACAACGAGGUCUCUAAGCCUACGAAGGGCAGCUACGAUACCGAUGACUACAAACAGACCUCCAAGCCCCCAAGGAGAGGCUACGAUCUCGACGACUACAACUAA